GUCACGAUUUGCUUGUUAUUUUCGGAAUCUUAUUGAUCAAUGAUCAUUUUUCAGCAUGAAUUCAUGACGUAUAAAUGUUGUCAUGCAAUAUAACUGUAUUAUAUGUACUAGAUGAUCAUAGACUCUACAAAAGAACACCGGUAAAACAUGUAUAAGAGAAUAUCAGGAUGAAGUUUAAGACUGUAAGAGAAGGGCAACAAGCCCUAGUAUUUAAUCAUCUAGGAGAAAGUGAACUUAUUGUUGGACCAAAGAGGGUAUUUUUACACCGUAAAAGGUUACAAAUGUUAAAGCGAUAUACAGCCAAUGCUCGACAAUAUCUGGUGUUGAAGGAUAAAGAUGGAGUCGUGACACAUAAACAAGGUCCAUGUGUUGUGUAUUUUAAUACAGUAUUAUAUGAUAGUAUAUCUGAGAAAGCAGCCAUUCAAGUUGAUUCAAAUCAUAUCAUAGUUGUCUAUCGGCGUCUGGAAACUGGUGGAGUUGAUCGUACCAUUAAACAAGGACCAUGUUUGUUUGUACCGGAUGUAAAGGAAUGGUUGCACCAGUUUAAAUGGCAUGGUAAUGAUCCUGGAGACAAAGGUCGACUGGUUGCUAAUGGAAACAUAUUUACUAAAUUACAGACCAUUCCUGGUCAUUUUUACUAUGAUGUGAGAGAAGUUCGAACUAAUGACGAUACCAUGAUAAAAGUUAAACUCAUGUUAUUCUAUGAGCUGGAGGAUAUUAUUAAAAUGUUAGAAAUGACACAUGAUCCUAUUGCUGAUAUGAUGAAUGCCGUUUGUGCUGAUGUUAUAUCUUUUGCUGGUAAACUGAGCUUUGAUCAGUUUGUUGGCAAGACGAGUAAAUUAAGUGAACUGUCAACAUAUCAACAACUUGAAUUAAGUGGAAAUAAAAUUGGUUUUAAAAUACAGAAAGUUGUUUACUGUGGUUACCAUUCUAGUGAUACACUUCAGGAGAUGCAGAAUAAUGCCAUUGAGUCGAGAACACGUCUACGGUUAAAUGCUGAAUUACAGAAUCAAGAACGACUGAUACUAGAUCUUAAACUGAACAAAGAACAAGCUCGAAGUCAUCUUAAAAAUGAAAUGGAGAAAAGUCGUCAGGAUCAUAAACAUCAGAUUGAGAUUUUAAAACAGUCACAUGACCUACAUUUACAGGAGUCUCAUUACAAUCAGAAUUCUUUGUUAGAGUCAGAACUUAUUUUAGCCCAAAUAGGUCAUAAAGAGAAUGAAGAUAGACGGAAACUGUCAUACUUACAAAAGUUACGUAAUGAAAAAGUUGACUUAAAUCAAGUUUUAUUAUCUCAGCCUAUUAAAGAAGAAAUUCGUAUUAUAAACAAAUCUCUGUAGACUAAGUAACGAGGCCAGGUUCCAAGAAAAAAAAAUAUUUCCAUGCUAACACAGUUGUUCAAACUUUUUAACAAAAUUUAAAAGACUAAAUAACGCGGGCAGGUUCCCCCCCAAAAAAAUUGCUCAACUUUUUAACAUUAAUGAAAGAUGCAUUAUGUAAGUCUGCCUAUUGCAGAUCUUUUGUUUGGCCUCAAGUGUUAAUAUAAAUCAUUAAUUAGACAUUUAUUCACAUGCAAAGCCCAUAUCCAAAGCACUGGAGUCUAGACCAUCGGUUGCUUUUGAUUUUUAAUGGAUUUAAACAUGAUUGCUUAUUUUAUUAUCGUAACAAUGGAAGCAAUGACAAUUGAGACUAUGCUGUUCUUUUAACAGCAAUAACUCCGCUCAUGUGACCUAAAUGAUCAAAUUAUUCUCUUUUCAUUAUCUAUUGUUUAAACUAUUAUUUUUAAAGCUACAAUUUCAUAUUUUUAAGUUAUAUUUUUAAAAUUUAUUAAAAUAAAGCCUUAAAAUAGAUGGUAUCCAUAAACCGUCCUACCUUGUUAAAGAAUAAUCCUAUAAAUCCUAUAAUUCACUAUUGCCAAAUGAGAAAUUGGCAAAAAUAUUAUUUUCAACUUCAAAUUCCAAUGUUUGAAGGUAGCUAAUGCAUGGAGGCAGUAGGAAAACAAGGGAGGUAAUUGUGUUAUUAUUUCCUGUGUCAAUGAUUUUUAAGGGUGGGAAAUAAUGCCCAUGGUCGUAUAAUAGUGAGUUGAUAACCUAUUGAGCAAAAGACAUAGAAAUAAUUAUGUUUUGACUUUCUUAGAAAAUAUGAAAUUCUCGCUUUAAAACAACGUAAUAUUUUGUGAUAUCAGUCAGAGCCUCCUUCACUUCAAAACUUUCCCAGUCGCUCAAUUUUUUGACGUAUUUUGUUUACCUCAGGUUAGAGGGAUUUUAAAAAAAAUAUAUAUAUAUAUAUAUAUAACUGUUUUUAGCCAUAUCCUAAUUUUAUUUUUUGAACCAGGAACUGGUCGCUAACCUUUUUUUUCUUCUUGGGGUGAUGCUCUUCGAAAAAAGCC